GUUCCAGCCCCCCCCCCGUGCUCGUCCCGGCGGCCGGCAGGACGCCCGUGCCGGAGCCCCGGAGCCUCUGCAGCCGAUCGGUGCAGCGGGGCAGGGAGAUAGGGACGCCAGAGUGGCCCUCGAGGGAACCAGCCUGCGAAGCGCGGGGAAGGAAGGCGCGGACGCGUGGCGGGGAGGGGUUGAGGCGCCCCAGCCCGAAGCCCGAAGGCCGAGCGCGCGGCUGGCGACCCGGCACCCAUGGCCCGCAGCAUGGCUCGGGGCUGGGUGCGGCCGAGCCGUGUGCCUCUGUGCGCCCCCGCCGUCUGGACGGCUGCGGCGCUCCUGCUCUGGACACCAUGGACGGCAGGUGAAGUGGAGGAUUCAGAGGCCAUCGACACCUUGGGACAGCUUGAUGGACCGGACAGCCCACUUCCCACUCUGAAAGGCUACUUCCUGAAUUUUCUGGAACCAGUCAACAAUAUCACCAUUGUCCAGGGCCAGACGGCAAUCCUACACUGCAAGGUGGCGGGAAAUCCACCUCCCAACGUGCGGUGGCUGAAGAAUGACGCCCCGGUUGUGCAAGAGCCACGGAGGGUCAUCAUCAGGAAGACAGAAUAUGGCUCUCGGCUGCGGAUCCAAGACCUGGACACGACAGACACGGGCUACUACCAGUGUGUGGCUACCAACGGGCUGAAGACCAUUACUGCCACUGGGGUUCUGUAUGUGCGGCUCGGUCCAACGCACAGCCCAAACCACAAUUUUCAGGAUGACGACCAGGAAGAUGGCUUCUGCCAGCCUUACCGAGGGAUUGCUUGUGCACGCUUCAUCGGGAACCGGACUAUUUAUGUGGACUCCCUCCAGAUGCAGGGGGAGAUUGAAAACCGAAUCACAGCUGCCUUCACCAUGAUUGGCACCUCCACGCAUCUGUCAGACCAGUGCUCACAGUUUGCCAUCCCAUCCUUCUGCCACUUCGUCUUCCCUCUGUGUGACGCGCGCUCCCGGGCGCCCAAGCCGCGGGAGCUGUGCCGGGACGAAUGUGAGGUGUUGGAGAAUGACCUGUGCCGCCAGGAGUACACCAUCGCCCGCUCCAACCCGCUCAUCCUCAUGCGGCUCCAGCUGCCCAAGUGCGAAGCGCUGCCCAUGCCCGAGAGCCCUGAUGCUGCGAACUGCAUGCGCAUCGGGAUCCCUGCGGAGAGGCUAGGUCGCUACCACCAGUGCUACAACGGCUCUGGCGCUGACUACAGGGGGAUGGCCAGUACUACCAAGUCAGGCCACCAAUGUCAGCCUUGGGCUCUGCAGCACCCCCACAGCCAUCGCCUGUCCAGCUCAGAGUUCCCAGAGCUGGGAGGAGGCCACGCCUACUGCCGGAACCCUGGGGGCCAGAUGGAAGGCCCGUGGUGCUUUACACAGAAUAAAAACGUGCGCGUGGAACUGUGUGACGUACCCCCGUGUAGUCCCCGAGAUGGCAGCAAGAUGGGGAUCCUGUACAUCCUGGUCCCCAGCAUUGCCAUCCCCCUGGUCAUCGCUUGCCUUUUCUUCCUCGUCUGCAUGUGCCGCAACAAACAGAAGGCCUCAGCCUCCACCCCACAGCGAAGGCAGCUGAUGGCUUCACCCAGCCAGGACAUGGAGAUGCCUCUCAUCAGCCAGCACAAACAGGCCAAACUCAAAGAGAUCAGCUUGUCCACAGUGAGGUUCAUGGAGGAGCUCGGGGAGGACCGGUUUGGGAAGGUCUACAAGGGCCACUUGUUCGGGCCCACCCCAGGAGAACCAACCCAGGCGGUAGCCAUCAAGACACUGAAAGACAAGGCUGAGGGGCCCCUGCGGGAGGAGUUCCGGCAAGAGGCCAUGCUACGGGCACGGCUGCAGCAUCCCAACAUUGUCUGCCUACUGGGUGUGGUGACCAAAGACCAACCCCUGAGCAUGAUCUUCAGUUACUGCUCCCAUGGCGACCUCCACGAGUUCCUGGUCAUGCGCUCACCACACUCCGACGUGGGCAGCACUGACGACGACCGCACGGUGAAGUCAGCCCUGGAGCCCCCUGACUUCGUACACGUGGUGGCACAGAUUGCUGCGGGGAUGGAGUUUCUGUCCAGCCACCACGUGGUCCAUAAGGACCUGGCCACACGCAAUGUGCUGGUGUAUGACAAGCUGAACGUCAGGAUCUCAGACUUGGGCCUCUUCCGAGAGGUGUACUCCGCAGAUUAUUACAAACUCAUGGGCAAUUCGCUGCUGCCCAUCCGCUGGAUGUCACCCGAGGCCGUCAUGUACGGAAAGUUCUCCAUUGACUCUGACAUCUGGUCCUACGGCGUGGUCCUCUGGGAGGUCUUCAGCUACGGCCUGCAGCCCUACUGUGGGUACUCCAACCAGGACGUGGUGGAGAUGAUCCGUAGCCGGCAGGUACUGCCCUGUCCGGAUGACUGCCCCGCCUGGGUCUAUGCCCUCAUGAUUGAAUGCUGGAAUGAGUUUCCUAGCCGGAGGCCCCGCUUUAAGGACAUCCACAGCCGGCUCAGGUCCUGGGGCAACCUAUCCAAUUACAAUAGCUCGGCACAGACCUCGGGAGCCAGCAACACCACACAGACCAGCUCCCUGAGCACCAGCCCUGUGAGCAAUGUGAGCAAUGCUCGCUACAUGGCACCUAAGCAGAAGGCCCAGCCCUUCCCGCAGCCUCAGUUCAUCCCCAUGAAGGGUCAGAUCAGACCCUUGGUGCCCCCAGCACAGCUGUAUAUCCCAGUUAAUGGCUACCAGCCAGUACCAGCGUAUGGGGCCUACCUGCCCAACUUCUACCCAGUCCAAAUCCCCAUGCAGAUGGCUCCACAGCAGGUGCCCCCUCAGAUGGUCCCCAAGCCGAGCUCACACCACAGUGGCAGCGGCUCCACCAGCACUGGCUAUGUCACCACGGCACCCUCUAACACAUCUGUGGCGGACAGGGCAGCCCUACUCUCAGAGGGCGCCGAGGAUGCGCAGAACAUCCCAGAAGACGUGGCCCAGAGCCCUGUGCAGGAAGCAGAGGAGGAGGAGGGGGGUUCUGUACCAGAGACUGAGCUCCUGGGAGACAAUGACACACUCCAGGUGAACGAGGCCCAUGUCCAGCUUGAAGCCUGAGGAUUAUUCGGGGCCUGCAGCACCGGCCCUGAUGUAACAGGAUGGGGACCUCAAAAUGGCUCUGAGAAGUCCCAAAGAGGGGCCCAUCACCAAAGCCCAGGGACUGGCAGGCUGAUUGGGGCCUGCCCACCCAAGACUGUGAGAGAUCUUAUACUAUCUCCUGCACUCUGUGCCCAUAAAACUGCCACUGCCCCCCCAGCUUGGCUGGAGGCCAUCUCAGACAGGGACCCUAGGCAGCAUGACCACCUCAGAAACAGGACAGGGAGACCACACCUCUGUCUGCUUUAUCCUGAUGGUAGUUGGCUAGUGAGCUAAGGAUGUUGUGCAAAGAAACAGGGUGCAUCUUUACUCCCUGUUUUAUGGGCCGAGGAUUCGGAGACCGGGGGUGAACAUGGCGGCAAAGGGCAGCAGAGAGGCUCAGUGGAGCUCAGACGCUCAGUGAACUUCCUGCUGGCUGAGGACGGAGAGAGCUCUUCCUUUUUGUGGCUCACUGCUGAACGUGUUCUUUCUAACAGCCUAAGACCAGCAGAAGCAGGAUGCUGCCAUCUGCUGGGGGUCCAGAGGACAAGAGGAACCUCUGAACAGUGCCUUGGGAGUGCCUUGUAUUAAAGAAAAGUGCCGUUACAAAAAAACCAGCACGCUUUUGUAUUUUUUGUGAAGGGUUUUAAUUAUACUGCGUAUGUAUUUUGUCUACUUUUCUGGAAUUCAAGGGAAAAAUGUUUCCUGGGUUUAGAAUGUUUGAAAGGAAGCAACGUUGUACAGAAAACAGUAUUGUUAAAUUUUUUUUUUUUUUAAGAAUCCUGUGCAGACCUUAAAUGUAAUUUAUAUGGUUUUCUGUGUGCCGUUUUUGUGGAAGUGUUUUGAUCCUAAAUAAUGACUUAGUAAUUUAACUGUGUGUAUUUUCUCUGAGAUGCCAUCCCACUGGGGUUGUGUCUGCCUUCAUUCUGCCACACGUGGUGAGGUCCUUACAUUUCAGAGUUCCCAUUCCACGUGGCCAUGGACAAGCUGCCUGGCACAUGCUGUCAGUUCCUUUUGUAGGCCCCACGCCUGGUAUAGCCAAUAAAUGACCGUUUGUUUGGUUUGUA